UCGUCUCCACACUCCACACCCACCUGCUCAGUUGUCCACUACUCUCUAGUCGCCGGAGAGGGGCUGCCGCUGUAGCUAGUAGAUACACGGGUGCCGGAGCACCGAACGAGGAGAGCUCCUUCCGUCGUCUGUGAUGGUACAAUUCGGUGCAACUCUAGAGCAGCAGAGGAAUGAAGACUGGAAGGAGUACUACAUCGACUAUCAUGGUCUCAAGAAGCAGCUCAAGAGGCUCAAGGCCGCCUACGACGCGGCCAGCAAGACCCAAAGGCACGGCCAAGAGUACGAGGCAGUAUCUCCUCUCCAGACGAUGCAGGGGGCGGGCGCGGAGGGGUCCCGCAACAUGAGCGUCGGCGGCGGC